AUGUUGUAUUUUAUCUUUAAAGUUAAAGAAAUAGAAGAAAAGUGGAUAGAUAAGAUGAGAAAUGUUCGAGGAACUGUGCGAAAAAAAACCGGAGCGGAGAAAAAGGUAGAAGUCGAACUAGAAAAAUAUCAAUUAAUUAAUUCGAGUAAAGAACUACCUUUUGAAAUUGCUGAUGCGGCCAACAUUAACGAAGAUACUCGUUAUCGUUAUCGUUAUUUGGAUUUGCGGCGCUCUCGCAGCAAAAGGCUUUUGCUCCUCAAAAGCCAGUUUUGCCAAGCCGCCCGGAAUUUUCUUCACCAGCAAGGUUUUGUGGACCUCGAAACUCCUAUUUUAGCCCAGAGUUCGCCCGAAGGUGCCAACUGUUUUGUAGUUCCUUCUAAUCUGAAAAACCGCUAUUACACCCUGCCUCAAUCACCCCAAAUCUUUAAGCAGUUAUUAAUGAUAGGAGGAUUUACUAAAUAUUAUCAGCUUGCUAAAAGUUUUCGUAAUGAAGGAGCCCGCAGCAAUCGUCAAAUCGAGUUUUCGCAACUUGACUUAGAAUUGAGUUUUGUUUCCUUAAUCCAAAUUAAGCGAAUUAUCGAAAAACUCCUUCAAUUUACUCUUAAAAAAAUUUUUAACCACCAAUUAAAAACUCCUUUUGCUUCUUUAACUUACCAGGAAACCAAAAAAAAAUACCAAACUGAUAAACCAGAUUUACGCACCACUGUCAACCCCCAGGAAUUAAGUGAAGCAGUUGACCUGGUAUGUAAUGGAGAAGAAAUAUUAAGCGGUGGUCUCCGUAUUUACCAGCGACAACUCCAAGAAAAAAUGUUAGAAAUACUAGGUUACGAACCCCAAGAAAGGGGGGAAAAUUUUGGCUACUUUUUACAAGCCUUAGAAUUUGCGGCUCCGCCGCACGGAGGAAUUGGCCUGGGAAUUGACCGUUUAUUGUCUAUAAUUCUUCAAACUAACAGCCUCAAAGAAUUAAUUGCUUUUCCUAAAAAUAUUGAUGGUAGUUGUUCUUUGACUGGUGCUCCAAAUUUUAUUAAAGAUAAAAAACUAUAA